ACGUCGCCUAAUUACAGUGCGUAUCCGAAUCUUAAAAAUAGGUUAGGUCUCGUUUGUUUUAGGCACGAUUUUUUUAAUUUUCGACCUCAAUUACGAAAAUUAUUUAAAAUUGUUCCACUAAGUGCAAUAAGUUCUAAUUUCAAUUAAUUAACUGAUAUAAAGAAUCGUUUAUUCUGUUGAGUGUAAAAUGUCCGGACUGGGCAAAUGUGAGUCUCCCGGCUGCGAAGAGUCGGCGAAGUUGCAGUGUCCUACGUGCAUCAAGCUGGGGAUCCAGGGAUCGUUUUUCUGUUCCCAGGAAUGCUUCAAAACCAACUGGAAAACGCAUAAAAUCAUCCACUCAUUAGCCAAGGGUGAAAACACUGAUGGCAAGAAAGACACUUCAUACAACCCUUGGCCAUUCUACAACUUCACUGGUAAACUUAGGCCGGCUCCGCAGUCGGAGAAGAGAACGGUACCCCCAAGAAUUGGAAGGCCUGAUUAUGCUGAUCAUCCCACUGGUCACCCUUUAAGUGAGCUAGCUGUCAAGGGUUCAGGACACAUCAAAGUGCUUGAUGAUGAGGAAAUUGAAGGAAUGAGGGUGGCCUGCAAGUUGGGAAGGGAAGUCCUGGAUGAAGCAGCUAAAGUUUGCGAUGUCGGAGUAACGACCGACGAGAUCGACAGAAUUGUUCAUGAAGCAUGCUUGGAGAGAGAUUGUUACCCAUCACCAUUAAACUACUAUGAAUUCCCAGCAUCCUGUUGUACUUCUGUGAAUGAAGUAAUUUGUCACGGAAUUCCCGAUACUAGACCAUUAUGUGACGGUGAUAUUUGUAAUGUUGAUAUUACUGUUUACCACAACGGUUUUCACGGUGACUUAAACGAAACAUUUUUCGUUGGAAAUGUCAGUGAUAAGCACAAAGACUUAGUUAAAGUUACUCAUGAAUGCUUGAUGAAGGCUAUAGAAAUUGUUAAGCCUGGAGAAAAAUACCGAGAAAUCGGUAAUGUUAUCCAAAAACAUGCUCAAGCCCAUGGUUACUCUGUUGUAAGGAGUUACUGUGGACAUGGAAUCCAUAGGUUAUUCCAUACUGCCCCAAAUGUUCCUCACUAUGCAAAAAAUAGAGCAAUUGGUGUAAUGAAACCAGGUCAUUGUUUCACAAUAGAACCCAUGAUAUCAGUGGGAACUUGGAAAGAUGAAAUGUGGCCAGAUAAAUGGACUGCAGUAACAGCUGAUGGACAGUGGUCAGCUCAGUUUGAACAAACUUUGCUAGUUACUGAAACUGGUUGUGAAAUUUUAACCCGCCGAAGGGAAAAGAAUGGCCAGCCUCAUUUUAUGGACAAGAUGUAAAUUCUAUUAAAUAUAUUGUCUGGGCUGUUUUAAAGGUCUAAUAAUAAAUUAUGCAAAAUUUAGGUAAAAAGUCAAUUAUAUUUAUACAACGUGACACAAAUAUAAUUGUCCCACAAUCCAGUCCAGACUUACUUAAUUUUUGAUAAUCAAUUUUAUUAUAUACAUUAAUUAUUUGCUGUAUUUUAUUGAAAAUAUAUAUAAAAUUAAGUUGUUUUUGGUAAUUGAAAUAAAACUGCCUGUUAUAUGUAUUAGGGACACUAAACAAAAAAUAGCCUCUCAAGUUGUAACAAAAUUUUACUAUAUAAUUUCUUAAUAAACAAUUUUGUUAUUGAUUCUAUCAAGUUGUAUCUUGUUAAUAAAUUUUUUUAUGAGAA